UACGGGGACGCUAUUUAUGGUAACACUGGAAAAUUGGAAAUUACCAACGUUUAUCUGUUCAAUUACAGUCACUGUACGAUUUACUGAUUAAUCGCUGAAUGCACAGGGGGGUAUCUAGAAGUGUGCAGUGUGACCGCUGACCAGGUAAGCAUCACCCACCGAGUGUGAGUCUGAAUGUUGUUGCCCAACCGCCUAACCGCUGAGAGGGUUAGCCUUGUUGUAACACGGGCUAGCAUUAGCCGUGUGAACGCUACACCUACACAAUGUAAGAUUGUUAUCUCCCCCUGACAGCGAAAUAAACUCAAUAUCCUAAAGGAGAAGCUGUUUUUUUACAAACCACAGUGAGAAACAGCGGGUUCGCUAUGCUACCACCAGAGAACAGUCAACAAUUCAGCACAUUUUCGUGGUUUUAGCGGUUGUAUUUGCGUGUUUUUUUUGGUUGUGUAAUAAGCGAGCAUUUGGUCUACAGAGUCGGUCUAAGAAACUAUGGUUCUGGUUUUAGUAGUUUGACAAAAAAGAGGUGGUGGUGCUCAACAACAACAACAACAUGAGAGCAGAGGAGCCGCAGGGGAAGCUUUAUGCUCCCUGUUAGCCUCCCAAAGCCAUGGUGUGAACUCCUUCACCUGGGUACGUCAUGUACAAAAUCAACUUUCCGCCUCAAACUCAUGCUUAUCAUCUCUUAUAUCAUUCAUUAUUGGACUAAUGUCUUCACAGGUGUCUAGUAAUCAGCACUUAACGUUUAGUAAUGUAAACAUACAGCAUAAUGGUUGUAAAAUCCUGAUCCGGACAAUAGGGGAAAGUGUCAGUUUGUGUAUUAAAGGUUUUUACAAUGAUACAUCAGGUGUGCAGUCUGGAGCUCGACACAUUUCGCUUUUCUGCAUAUUUUGUUCUGAUAAAGAGUGACCCAGAGGAAGCUGUUCUGUUCAGAUGCCCAGUCUAAACAUUGCUGUAGCAAAACCAAGUGGAACCCAUCAGAGUAAGGAUGGGAAUUGAUAAGAUUUUAUCGAUAUCGAUGCCAUUAUCGAUUCUUCUCACUGAUUAAAUUCUUUAGCGAUUCCCUUACUGAUGCCUUUCUUUGAUUUUUAUUUUUUUAAAGUAGACUGUAGGUUUUCACUGUUAACUCAAAUUUUGAUUGAGUCUCUGAUAACAGGAAAAGAUGUAUGCCACCUUCAGUGAGAGUCUAAAAAUAAUCAAACGGGGAACUAUUUGUACAGCAUUUAUUUCAGUUGGUAUUAAGUCAAAUACAUAAUACUACUCGACAAAAGGUUGAGCGUCACGCUGUUGUUGUCUUUCUUAGUGAAUUGAAGCCACGCUUUAGAUCGUUUCUGCCUACUUUUCAUAACAUCCACCAUGUUUUUUUCCUCAAAGUCUCUGUUCUUGUUCAAGCAGAACUGGCUCUCGUGAGCCUGUUUUUUUAGUCACCCGGAAGAAAGGAAUCGCUAAGGGGAUCAUUAAGAUAACAUGUAAACAAUGUCGAUGGAUUGAACCAUUUGGAACUGGUUCUCAACAAGAACCGGUUCUCGAUUUCCAUCCCUACAUCAGAGUACUUAUGAUUAUUAACAUUUCAGUAUCAACUGGACUCCAGAGGUAGCCUCAUCCUCAUUUUUAGGAAUCUUUUGUAAUGUUUUCUGUGCAAGUCUAAAAACAUUCACGGUUCUUUGUUGCCAACACUCUAGGCUAAAGCUCCUGUUAAGGAGAAAAAUAUCUUUGCAUAAUGCCACCCUGUAGAGUUGGAUUGUGUUUUGAAUUGUGUUUGUGUGAUAAGGUAGAGUUUUAGUAAAGAGGACACUUAAUGGGGAAACAGGCUUUUGCAUAUCUGUAAGUAGGGCUGGGUAAUAAAAUGAUAAUGAUAUAUAUAAAAAAUUCCUCAAUAUUGAUAUGAAACAUGGUCAAUAUGCUAUUUGAUGGCCGGCAUUCUGCCAUGUUUUAGUAGAUGAUACGAAUAGUUAAUGAUAAGGAGAGUUGCUCCGGGUCUGUGCUGCGCAGAACCGGUCAUUCAGUCCACUUUCUCUAGCGCAACGCCUUAUAAAAUGUCGAGGAGACACAAAGACCUCACAGAGGCAGUAGCUUAUUGUACGGCAAAAGACAUGCUACCAGUACGCACUGUUGAAUUUCAGGGAACAGGGAACAUUUAAGAUUGACAAGUGAUUUUUAUAUCGCGAUAUCGAUAUCGACAUCGACUGAUGUGAAAUAAAUACUGUGUGAUAAACUUUUUCGCCCAGCCCUAUCUGUAAAUUGUAUCCUGUAAAUCAACCCUUAAGUUUCACAGAAGUUUUUCCUCUUUAGAGCCACAGAAAGUUUAGUUACGGCAAUUUUCACCUUUUAUCACCAGUGCAGCACUACCAGGGUGGCUUUUCAUCCUGGGAGGUACUAUUCAUGAAGUAAAAUCUACUGCGUCAAGAAAAAAUACCAAACAUUGAUGGCAACAUUUUUUAAUUGCAGGGCCCCCUGAUGAAGGUGUGCAGGUAAUGCUGUAGAAGCCUUUGUAAGACGCCAUGUCUGAAGAGGCAAUGUCAGACAGUGACCUGGAGCCCAGCCUUAACAGUGAGGAUGAAGAUUUGGAAAAUGAAGAAGAGGAGGACAAUGAGGACAUGGAGGAAGAUGAGGAUGAAAAUGAUGGAGACGAUGAAGAUGAAAGUGUCGGUGAGAAGCGUGUUAACUUAUGUCUUGUACUUGAAAUGGAGUCUAUUAUGAGCACCAAAAAUGAUUUAGUUACUGCUGAAAAUGGGAAGAUUGUUUUUUAUUGUUAGUCAAAGAUGAAGUUAAAAAUCAAGACUAAAAAGAGAGACUCUAGAUGUAAGAGUCCAUCCUUAUCAGAAAUACUUUUAAUCAAGUGGUUGAAAGCUAUCCUCUAAAACAUCUUCUGCUCUUUUCAAGAACGGCCUGAAAGUGCUCAGAGCAAGGCAGACACGGCCCAGGAUGGCCAGGACUCUGCCUCAGCGUCCUCUGGAGAGCCAUCCCCAGAACCUCCAUCUCCGCCUGCGUCUUGUCCGUCCUCCAGGCCUCCCUCCAGACCUGCCUCUUGCUCGCAACCUCCCAGCAGUCCAGAAAAGUCAAGUCAGAGCAAGAAACCCUCCACCAAAUCAAAGAAGCAAAAAGCCUCUAAAUCAACUAAAUCCUCAAAGUCUUCAAAAGGCUCCAAACCUCCCAAGCCUUCUAAACCUGCACACAUGAGGAAAAAUAUAAGGUUCGUACACCUGUUUGAUAUUUUCGAUCAGGUGAAGGCACGCUUACAUGGUUGUAUUGAACAGAUUUUUUUCUAUAUGCUAACAGAAAGCUGCUAAAAGAAGAUCAGCUGGAGGCUGGGACCAAAGCAGCUCAACAGGAGGAGAUGGAGAGGCGGAAACGUCUGGAGCAGCAGAGGAAAGACUUUCCUACACCUGCCCUGGCUGUUCCAGAGGCUCAGCUAGGUGAAUGUCUCUCUAUCGGUGAUGCCCAACCCAGCCAUACUCAAGUUUCACAGUCCUUUUGUGAUAACUUUUCUGAAUUUUUACAAACUUUGUCAUCUUUGUCGUAGUGGACACUGCAUCACUCCUCGGAGAAGUGUCUCACUUGGUCCCGGCUCUCCUGGGCAAGCAGGAUGUCAUAUGUCUGGACAGCAGUGGUGAUGAAGACGAAGAACGGAAACCGAAGUUGCCUGCACUUGCUGUUCGAGAUGGUUAGCUACAAGUCUGGUUACAUGUCAGUUAUCAGUCUGUUACAGUGUGUAGAAAAAUGAUCAUCCUCUCAUACAGAGUGUUUUUUUUCCUCCUGUGAUGCAGAUGUAAUUGAGCUCAGCUCCGGGGACGAGGACGCUCUGCAGAUAAGCAGCGAGUCUGCCGACGAGGAUGCUGAUGGCACCGGUGCCUCAGAGGAGAGCAGUGGGGCGCACAUCAAUGACGCCCUGAACCAGCCUGACGCCCAGGGUCGUGUGCUGGUUAAUAUCAAUCACCCUGCAGAGGAGAAAGACAUUUUCCUCGCACCGCAGUUGGCCAAGGCUGUGAAACCUCAUCAGGUAUGCACAUCACGGCAUUCUCUCUCAGACAUUUGAAACACGAGCCCCCAGUGACAGAAACAGCCCAGCUUGUUCGCCCCAAACAUUUGUCUCCUUGUUUUUCAGAUCGGAGGAAUCCGAUUCCUCUACGACAACCUUAUUGAGUCUCUGGACCGGUAUAAGACCAGCAGUGGUUUUGGCUGCAUCCUGGCUCACAGCAUGGGGUUAGGAAAGACUCUGCAGGUUAUUUCCUUUAUCGACAUCCUCCUGAAGAAUACAGAGGCUCACACUGUGCUGGCCAUUGUUCCUGUGAGUAAUCUAAGUGUGUACCAAAUACAUCUUGAUGCUUAUUUUAAGUGUUUUUUAUUUUGAUAGAGUAAAAACUUUCUUCUCUCUAUUGAAGGUGAACACACUUCAGAACUGGCUUACAGAGUUUAACCUCUGGCUCCCAGCUCAAGAAACACUCCCUCCCGACACUGACCCCACACUUCUCACAGGCCGUGUAUUCAAAGUUCACAUCCUCAACGAUGAGCACAAGUAUGUAUCAUGCUGUGUUGUUUUAAAGGGGUUGAGUCAUUUUGGCCAAACAUUGAAGCCAAUAACGGUCGCUGUAUGACCUGCAGAUCGACCCUAGCCAGAGCCAAGGUGGUGGAGGAAUGGUCCAGAGAUGGAGGGGUGUUACUCAUGGGUUAUGAGAUGUACCGCCUGCUCUCCAUGAAGAAAAGCUUUGUGAUGGGCAAGAAGAGGAAGUCAAAGAAGCCAGCAGGACCAAUUAUCAUCGACCUGGACGAGGAAGAUAGACAGCAGGAACUCAUGAAAGGUCAGCCAGGAUAUUAAGUUUAAAAAAGCAAAUAAAGGAGCAUAUGGGAUAAAAAUGCGAGCAAACAUUGAGUUUCGAUUUUCUCAGUCGUUUCCACUUUAUUUUGUCCUCCCAGGUAUUGAGAAGUCCAUAGCCCGGCCUGGCCCAGAUGUGGUCAUAUGUGACGAGGGUCAUCGAAUCAAGAACUAUCAUGCCAGCACGUCACAGGCUCUGAAGAAUAUCCGCUCCCGGCGCAGAGUGGUGCUGACCGGGUACCCCCUGCAGAACAACCUCAUCGAAUACUGGUGCAUGGUGGACUUUGUCAGGCCAGACUUUUUAGGCACACGACAGGAGUUUAGCAACAUGUUUGAGAGACCUAUUCUGAACGGGCAAUGCGUGGACAGCACACCUCAAGACGUGCGCUUGAUGCGCUAUCGAAGCCAUGUGCUCCACAGCCUGCUGGAGGGGUUUGUCCAGAGGUAAAGUCUUCAGUCUGAACAGUGUUAAGAAAUUGGGGCUUCAGGUCUGGACAGCGCUCACCUGUCUUUUCUUGGUAACAGGCGAGGCCAUGACGUGCUGCAAGACCAGCUGCCAACAAAAGAGGAGCAUGUAAUCUUAGUGCGGCUUUCCCCCAUUCAGAGGGCUCUUUAUACUGAGUUCAUGAAGCGCUUUCGGGAAGCAGGGAACUCUGGUUGGCUUGGUCUCAACCCACUUAAAGCCUUCUGUGUUUGCUGCAAGGUGAGACGGUUUUCCCUUGACACUGAACAAGCAGUCCAAACACUCUCCCUUUAACACAGAUGUCUGUUAAAAGCCUCUUUCUAUUCUCUGAUUUCCCCAGAUCUGGAAUCACCCAGACGUCCUUUUCGAGGCCCUGGAGAAGGAGAACCAGGCAAACGAACAGGACCUGGACCUGGAUGACAUCACAUCAGCUAGUAACCCUCGCUGCCCAGCUCCGGGUGCUGGCCUGAAAGCUAAAGUAGGGGACUCCACUAACAGCAAAGUCAACAACUCUGUGCCCUCACUCAAUGCCUCACAAGACAGAGCCAAUCAAGUCAUCACAUAUGAGUGGGUACGUUAUGACAAGAGUUCAUGGAGAGCUGUUUUCUUUUUCGUUUUACAUACUCAGAUAUGCUACUUUUUCCAGCACACAUAGAUUUGCUUUAACAACAUCUAAACUUUGUUCUAUGAUCUGUAUUUCUGUGUCUGUGUGAUUAUUUUGUUUAUUUCUCCUCUCUAUUCUCCCAUUACUAUGUCUCAGGCUAAGGACAUCAUGACGAACUACCAAACAGGAGUCUUGGAGAACUCGGCCAAGAUGGUUCUGCUCUUCCAUUUGAUUGAAGAGAGUGUGGCGAGAAGAGACAAGAUGUUGAUCUUUAGGUUAGUCUUUGCAUGAAACACAAAUCCAACAUUAAGCAGCUUAGAGAAGAGGAAGAGCCACUUUACAUUUCACCUAAUUAAUCUGAUUUAUCAGGAGCUUUCUGAGGUUUUUAACAAACGCUUAGUAAUUAUUAUUUCAAGAGUUCUUCAUUUUUAUGAUUUUUUUUCUCUUUUCCAGGUUUAAGGGAUAUUCUGGCUUAAAUUUAAGUGUUGGUCAAACACACAAUAACACCAAGUUAGAUACUUCCUGGAGAGAUAAAUGUUGCCGACUGCUUGCUUCUCUAGUUUUUCCAACUACAGCAAAGACCGCACAAUAGCAAUACACAGCAGUCUACGUCUUCACGUGCACACCUAAAAAAAAAGCCACUCUGUAACUUCAUCAACAGUACAUAUAGGGUCCUAGCCAUAGGACUAGCUACCAAAAAUCUUUUUAACUUUGCCUGAUUUCUUUAGCAAAGAGACUAAACACAACUCACCCGCUUUCCUCCAGCAGCUGCUUGUUUGUGGGGGAGCCCUGACGAGUCGAUCACAGAGUGCAGCAGAUCAUUUCCAUGAAGAAAUAAUCAUCAUAAUAGUCAUUUUGCAUUGUAAUUGCAGUAGCUCUUCUGCCUUAGCGUUUUCUUCCUUGAGCUUCGAAACUCAGCUGCAUUCGGUGAUCCACUCGUCAGGGCUUCCCCACAAACAAGCGGCUGCUGGAAGAGAGUGGGUGAGUCGUGUUUGGUCUCUUUGCUUAAGAAAACAGGCAAAGCUAAAAAGAUGUUUGGUGGCUAGUGCUGUGGCUGGGACCCUAUAUGUGCUGUUGAUGAAGUUAGGUGCUGUUCUGAGCAUUAUUUGUGGCUUUUUGGUCGAGGUUUGCGCGUGGGGACGUAGAUCGCUGUAUGUUGCUAUUGUGUGGUCGUUACUAAAGUUGGUUUAACUAGAGAAGCAAGUGGUCUGCAACAUACAUCUCGCGAGGGGGUGUCUAACUUGGUGUUAUGGUGUAUUUGACCCUAACUUAAAUUUACGACGGUAUAUCCCUUUUAAGUUUGUAAUCUUGAGUAACAAAAUAAAACCUUUUAGGGACAGUUUUCAUGAAGCCAUACAAAAUGCAGUCUUUUUUUUACUCUGAGGAGGCUUAUUUGUUUGGUACCGAAGUAAAAACAUUUCCUUCACUUGUUCUAACCUGUUUGUCCUGGUUACCCUUCAGCCAAAGCUUGUCCACGCUGUCAGUCAUUGAGGACUUCUUAUCAAAGAGACCCAUGCCUCCAGGAAUCGCCUCAUCCGAAGCUCAGAGCCAAAACUGGGUUCGCAACCUCAAUUACUACAGUGAGUCAUGCAAUCUGUGCUCUCCUCCUCCUCCCAACCCUGCACCUCUGCAGGGAGAACGGUCAUCACACUAAAAACUCAACGCUGUGAUAGGAUGUAUUGAUUUUUCUCUAAAGUGUAAUUUCUCAAACUUUCGUAUUUGAUCUCUUUUAGGGGUAAGUCCCAGCUGUGCCCUGUGAACAAGUUAGGGAAAGAUCUAUUUGCAAUUUGUGAACGAUAUUUAAAACUUUUGUUUUCAUGUAUGCUGUAAGUACUGCAUCUGCCCAAGGGAUGUUAUAGAUUCCCGGAUUCAUUUAACAGAUGGUUUUAUGUGAUCAAUCAUUCUCCUUCAAGAAUGCAGUGUUCAUGAUUAGGAGCCUCUAAGUUGAAUCGAUAUUAUUGAUUGGAAUAUACUAUUCCAGAGAGUUAGGUUUCUGUGUAAAAUGUGAACUAAAACAGAAUUUAAUGGUUUGCAAAUCAUUUAAACCCAAUAUAUAAUUGAAAAUAGUGCAAGGACAACUAAUUAAAUGUUGAAAAUAAAAAGGAUACUGCUUUUAGAUGUUUCAGAACAGCUGAGGCAGGGAUGUGUUUACCACAGUGUUGCAUCGCCUCUUCUUUUAACGACUCUGUAAACAUUUAAAAAAAAACAAGGACGCCAGUUUCUGAAGUUUUGAUUAGGACAUUUUGUUCACUUCAAAUACUCAACAGCACAAGGUCGCUAUUUUAUUUUUUAUUUCACGAUAAGCCAAACGUUUUCAGUGGGUGACUAGACAGCACUGCGGGAAAGCCAGCUUCGCUCCUGGAUUCUUUUACCAUGGAGCUGUGCUGCUGUGAUACACUCUCACUCACUCUCUUAAAGAUGCACAUGCACAACAGGACAGUUUUCCACUUCACAUGAGUCCACCUUAAACGGGCUCAGACCCAGAGAAGCUGCAGGUGUCUCUGGGUCAUGUCAAUGUUUUUCCCCUUUUAUAGACAGUGAAUUUUAGAAGUGAUUUUGAGCCCAUGCAGUGAUUUCCUCUACAGAGUUAGAGUUUUUUUUUUCAUGCAGUGCCACCUAUGGGCCAGAAGAUCACAAUCCAGUCAGAAUAGAUGGUCAGCUUAUUUCUCUGUGACAGAUUUCUCCAGAUUCUCUGAGUCUUUUAAGAUUCAGUUUAACACAGAGGAACAUUAUUUUGAAAGUUGUUGAAAUAUUUGUUCACAUAGUCUUGACAAGAGAGGUGACUCAGCUCGAUAUUCAGUAUUUUACUCAGUCACGUCAGUAACCUGUACUGAAUUAGUUGGGAGAUGUUCCCUCAGAUGUUCUUACACAACUUAUUUCAUGUUUUUUGUCCCUGUUCCAACUUUUAAAAAAAGAGUAUCAAAUUUUUAAAAUGUGUAUAUUUCACAAAAAAGUAAUCUUUUUUUCUCUUUUAACAUUUGAUGUGUUGUCUCGACACCCUUUUUCUAUUAAAUAUGAGGCUUGAAUGAUUCUAAGAGUACCAAAUUCUGUUUUUAAUCAUCAUUUUUAGUUAUCAUUCCAACUUAUUUGGGGAGUGGGGCUGAAUUAUAAUGAUCUCUGUGUUGUGCUUUGAUAAGUAAGUGUUUCGAUUUCAUCCUUGUCUGUUUGAAGGACUGGAUGGGAGUACAUCUGCUUCAGAAAGAGAGCGGCUCAUCAAUCAGUUUAAUGACCCGGAGAACAGUGCAACAUGGGUCUUCCUGCUCUCCACCAGGUGUGUAGUUCUGCUCUGCAAUAAAAACGCAUGUUUCAAAUCACCUGAAGACUGGCAGAAAUGAAAGCAGUAUUUUUCUGUGUUUCUAUCAGAGCUGGCUGUCUGGGGGUGAACCUCAUCGGGGCUAACCGUGUCGUCGUGUUCGAUGCCUCCUGGAACCCGUGUCAUGAUGCUCAAGCAGUGUGCAGGGUGUACCGUUAUGGUCAGAGGAAACCCUGCUUCAUUUACCGGCUUGUUUGUGAUUUCACCUUGGAGAAAAAGAUCUAUGACCGACAAGUGUCCAAACAGGGAAUGUCUGGUAAGAGAUUCUUGCAUGGACCAUCUGUUUGUUCGAUGAAGCAUUUUUGGGGCAUUUUUGCUUUUUCUCGUCCCUUUUGUUAUUCUCAUAGCUGUCAAACUUAAGCAGACCUGAUGUGGGCAGUUACCUGCGUUUGCACUAAUGUUACCCAGCCUGAGGAUGAUGUGUGUGUUUACAGACCGUGUGGUUGACGACCUAAAUCCAGUGCUGAACUUCACUCGCAAAGAGGUGGAGUCGCUGCUGCAUUAUGUGGAAGAAGAACCUGAAAAAUCCUCAGUAAUGCCCUCUGAAGACUUUGAAACAGUCAUACACCAAGCCUGUCAGCGUUACCCAAACCUUAUCACCAAGGUACAGCUGCUUGUGUAACAUAUAUCAUCAUACCUUUCCUCAUUUUUCUGAUUUGAUGUUUGAUGAAAAGAGUUUUGUUAACUUAUUCAAACCCAAUUCAGUGUAAUUGCUGCUAACAAAAUCUCUUCUCCGUUUGUGUCAUAAGCAACCGUUCCAUCACGAGUCUUUACUGGUUGACCGUAAGGAGUCCAAACUGACCAAGGCAGAGAAGAGAGCAGCCAAGAAGAGCUAUGAGGACGAGAAACGAGCGUCUGUGCCCUACUCUCGCCCAUCUUAUGCCCCCUAUUACCCAACCAGUGAUCAGAUGCUCUCAAAUAUACCAGCGUUUAACCAGCGUGGCUGGUGGGUUUCACACUGCAUGUGUUAGUUUGCGUUCUUUACGGGUAUCUACUGUUAUGGGUAGUUGUUUCCUGAUAUUCCCUCAUGCCUUUCCAAAAAAAUCAAAGUAACCAUCAAAUGUUUUGGCUCAUAUGGACUGUGGUUUCGCAGUGUCUCUUCUAUGGUGAAUAUAAACACAAAUGCUGAGAGUAUGUGUGUGAGCAUGUCAUGAGUUCAGCUUUUAUUUUUCAGGCGUCCCAUGGUGCGGCCUGAUGACAAGCCUGUUGCAAGUGUCAGGCCGAUCCAGUCAACUCCAAUACCCAUGAUGCCUCGCCAGGUUGGCAUGGGUCUGGCUGGCUCCAGCUCUGCAGGCAGCCUGCCAGUCAACUUCCUGCAGAAAGCAGGAGUUUAUGUGCAGAGAAUCGUCACCACCACGGGUAACGUCAAAUCUUACACACUUGAUUUAUUGAAAGUUCCCAACCACCCACAUUUGGUGCAUUCAAUGACUGAUGUUAUGAUUUAACAGGAAAUUAAUUUUAUCUCUAACUAUUUAAUCUGCAUCCACAGAUAUUGUAAUCCCAGGCGCUAACAGCUCAACGGAUGUUCAAGCUCGAAUCAGUGCAGGAGAGAGUAUCCACGUUAUCAGAGGAUCUAAAGGUAUCAACAACACAAUAAUUGCUGUCUAGAAUAAAAAGCCUUUAAAUGGCUGCUUCCAUCACUUUAUGCUUUCUCUGACACAGGUACCUACAUUAGGACCAAUGAUGGAAGAAUAUUUGCCAUUAGAUCUGGAAAAAUCAGCAGACCAACAGUUGGAGGCUCUGCAACAUCAAGAGGUACGAGCUCAUAUGUUUUUUACCACGAGUUCCUGCUUCAUCACGCUUUCUCACGUUUACAACAAAAACUUCAAAGUUACAAAGUUUGGUGUCCAUACUACACAUGUGCAAAGUAUUCAAAUCACAAGGUAAGCGUAUGUUGUCAUAAUCUGAGAAAGUAGAUGUAAACUGCUCAAAUCUUGGACAAAUGCGCGAGAAUGCGAGACCGUAGUUUAUGUGCGAGAUUUACUAGAUUCUGACACAAGAAUUAUAGACUCUUCUUACUGGUUCAUGUGCUUCCGUUCAAAGCGGAACGGCCUGCCUCCAGCAUUGUGAGGUGACACCCACAGUGGAGCGGGGUAACCACAGACAUGAUAUACACAGAGAUAUUUACACAUAUAUGAUGUAUAUGAGGAUAACACUGCUCCGUUGAUAAACUGCAAAACUUAUCAACCACAAUAGAGAGAGCAUGGCCAAAACAAGGAGCGCCCAGAAAGCCUGUGGAGAGGUGGCCAAUCAGAGAAAAGUAGGCUUGUAGAGGGAGGGGCUUUAUGGGACAGCAGCCGAAAACAAAGCAUUUCAGACAGAGGCUGAAAUAAUGAUAUUUGAUACACAACUGAGAGGAAAUUUGAGGCUUUUUUGAUCUGAAAAUCCUGUAAAACUAUUCAAGAGGUGUCAGAAAGGAGAUUUGUUACUAAAACCUGUAUUUAAAAACUACAAGUGUGUAGAUGAGGGUACCAAGGAGGUGGAUUGUUGUAAUAAACCUUUUCUGAUCAAGUUGCACAGUGAAAUGACUGAUUUGGAGCCCUGAGAUGUUAUAAGGAAUAAGCCUCAAGAUGCCUCAACUCUUACAGCUCUGUCCUUCUUAAGUAAUCAGUCUAAGAUUAAUCUCAAAUUUAAUGGUUGUGCCAUUCCAGUAUCGAAUACCCAUAAAGCUAUUUUUAAAUGUUUUCUAGUAUGAAGCACAUUAAGGAACCCUCCUAAAAUUAUUCACUUUGAUUUUAAGGUCACAUGCACGUGAAGCUACUUUAUUGAUUGCACCUUUUAAAGGCACGUUUCAAAGUAAACUGUUCCAAUGCAGAGCCAUCGAGCUGACAUUUCAUGAUUGCGUCCCCUUUUCCACAGACACGAGCUCCCUCAUGCAUCCUGUCAGCAAUGGGUGUUCCUCUCCUGUGGAUCAACAGCAGCUUUCACCCAACGGGGAGCAGCGGUCCUCCUCUCCCCUGAGCUCCGAGAUCCUCCGAGAGAUCAGCCGCUACACUUCAUCCACAGGUGACAUCACUAGCAUCAGGAAUGAAUUGUCGUCACCUUCAGACGUGUCAGCUGCGCCGGCGGGAGAUAGAGGCAGUUCCCAAAACAGUCAGACUGGUGACGUCAACAGGCAGCUAGGCGACGACCUCCUGAGCUCAGCUUUAGACAUGCGUGGCAGCAAACGCAGGAGUACAGACAGCCAGGGGAACACGCUAACAGGAGGAAAACGUGUUUCUGCUGCAACACGUUUCCCUGGACUGGCCAUGGGGUCCAGCGGGCUCAGUUUCCCUCCUGUUGGUCUGAACUCUUCCUCCUUACUGGGGAACUUAGGGCACAUGGGUCAUCCUCUCCUGAUGGGUGGCAGCAGUGGCUCAUCAUUCCUUCAGACACCAGGACAAACACUGGCAGACUUACAAACCAUGUUCCCCUCUGCAGGGUCAGACCUGCUCAGACAGUCCACCACAGGAAACGGACACCUCCCUAACCCCUCCUCCUCCUCCCUGCCCACUGUUUUCUCCUCUGCGUCCACCACUAUACCUAUGUCUUCAUCCCCAUCAGCAGCAACUUCUUCCUCCUUGGUGUCUGGUUCUUUGCCUCCGUACUUGAUGAACCCCAAUAUGGCGGGCCUGCUUUCACCAGGCUUCCCUCUCAACUACAGUCAGUCUCUGCUCCCUGAGCCCAGGGUGUUUCCCCCCUCUCUCCUCUCUGGGUCAGGGGGAUUCCAGACGCCCAACUCUAGCUCUACCCCAUCAAGAUUCCUUUCCCAUUUCAACAAUCCGACCUCCAGCCUGUUGGGGGCGGCUCUGACCCAGUCGGACAGACAUCAGAGCACAGAGAAUGGCGGCAGUAGCUCGGAUGACGAUGUUAUCGAAGUGACAGGACAGUAAGGUCCUGUGGAGGCAGUUUCACACACAGCUCUGUCCAAGAUGGCUACCAAUGUACAUUAGGGAUGGGAACAGUUAAAUGUUUACAUGGUUAAAAAAUUCUGUUAUAGUAUCUCACAGAAACCAACAAACUACUGAUUGAUGAUUAAAUGCUUUGUCAUGUUUUGAGAUUUCUCGCACAUUUGACGACAGAAAGGCUGAGAUUAAGAAGUACAGACAUGAAAUCUCAAUAUUUUAAAAAUAUAAUAAUAAACUUAUUCAGGAGCUGCAAAUCAGUUUUAAUCCUGAACACAAAAGUUUAAACUCAGAAAUAUUUUUGGUUUUGCUGCAAAAUCAGCCACUGAAAAAUGCCCCAAUCAUUCUCCCAAUCAUAAGUGAAACUGAAUUCCCAUUCCCAAUGGUCUCAUUAAACUUGACACAAAAACACACACACAUCAGCUCACACUUUCAUAUGAUUACAAAUUCAGAGUAACAAAUAGUCGUAAUGCUGAAUAUCCCUGGUUUCUUCAGCAGGAGCAUCAGCACAUCGGGAACAGACCUUAGAACAUGUAGGGGACCAGGGUGGGGGAGGGCAGCCUCUCCUGCCAUAUCAAGACCUUUCUAUGCUGUUCAGUUAACUUCCUAUGAGUUCAGGCGGAAAAUGUAAUUUAAGAAGUGCUUUGAGGUGAAUCAUCAAAUGACACAUUUCUGUGAAUCAGCUGACUUAAUAAUAAUAAUACAUCAGAUUUAAUAUAGCACCAUCAUUCAUUCACACACGCAGUCACACCCCGGUGGAGGUAGACUACCUUGGUAGUCAAAGCUGCCCUGGGGCACACUGACGGAAACAUGGCGGCCAAUCUGCGCCAACAGCCUCUCCAACCACCACCAAACUUCACUCACAAUCAUACACCAGUGGAGGACACACACUGGGAGCAAGCUGGGUUAAGUGUCUUGCCUAAGGGCACAACAGACAGAGUAGGGAUAGGGCGGAAUCGAACCGCCAACCUUCCCCUUGUUGGACGACUGCUCUACCUCCUGAGCUACUGCUGCCCCAAACCAAAAUUUGAGUUGCUGUUACAACAUGAGUUUACUUCCUGUCCUUCAGCUCAGUCCCCCUUUUUCUAGUGCACAAAACUGGAAAACUUCAAACCGCAACAAAACGUAACAGCAGCUGCAGAGCGCUGUGUUAAUAUUUGUAAAAUAUGAAUUCUUCAAAGCGUACCUUUAACAGAACUUUAGGCUUUUGGAGCAUAUUUUAGUCUUUAGAGAUUUGAUAGACAUUGUAGCAUCCCCUGUUGAAAGAAUACUAUGUGUCAUACUAUAAACUGAACAUGUUGAUAUUUUGUAAAUAGCUGUCAUUAGCAUUGUUUAUAUUGCAAGUCAAUACUGUGCAGUGUGUAGACUUUGGUUGUACGGAAAUGGUUCAUUACAGUGACUAUCAUGAUGAUAAAUUUGCCCUUGCAUUAAUGCAGGGGAACUUCUGUUGAACUUUUUUUUUUUUUUUUUGUAGGAAUUUUCUGUUCAAACUAAAAUGAAUGUACCUUAAUGUUAGCCUAGGACAACACAGAAGCUAGGACAUGGAUUUGGACUGUGUUCUUUUAUUUUAAGCCUUAAAUAUAUAACACACAAAGCGGUCUUGAGUCUUAGCAUUUAUCUUUAGUACCUUAUUUUAAAUAGAUCUGUUGAAAGAGCUACUGAGCAUUUAGACAUUCAGUGUUGAACUCAAAACACAAGUAUGGGGCAGAAUCAGCAUUGGGGCUGAAAGCUCCAAGGAGCUCAAAACUCAAGUUUUUCUGUUGCAAGCCCAUUAGCUAAAGCUUUUCAUCUAUGUUUUGGUACAGUUUUUACUUAAAUGUCCCCACUACCUGUUUAUAAGUCAACACUCAGUCAGCCUUCUGUUAGUUUCUACUGGAUUCUUUUUUCUGCAAACUCACAAUACCUAAACUGUAGAAAACAAUGUAUUCUCACAUCCUGAGUGUAUAAACCUUGAGUUGAUGUAGCCAUAAACCAUCAAACCGUACACUGCUUCACAAAACAACAACCUUUGACUCCAUCAGAGCCAGGUCAAGGAGUAUGGUGGCCUUACAGAGCUUACAGUGCCAUUGUGUGGUAGCAUUUCACACAGGUGCAUCUUUUAUAGCAGUGCACGUGUUAGUAUCUCCUGUCAGUAGUCUUAGUCAGUGUAGGUCUGCGGUGCUUUAGGGAGUUUAGGUCUUUGCUGUUCUCUGUAGCCUUGUGUUUCUGUGUUAUGGCAUCUCAAGGUAUGUAGAUCUUAGGAAAGUCCCUCCGUUGGUGAAAUAGGCUAGACACAGUGCUUAUUAGCCUCUAGAAAACACUGGAUAACCUGCGACAACAGGUCAUUCCCUACGAAGUCACAUUAUUUUGUUCUCAUUGUGGGAGCUCUUUUAUUCCCACCAUCUUUAGUGCUGUUCACUUUUUUUUGUUUUGUUUUACUGUUACUGACAGCCUCCCUGUCAUUGUUCUGGAUGCUCCAUUUCUGCCAUCAAGGAAAUUCAGCAUGUCUUGAAAAAUUUGGGAUCUGACACCGAAAAAGGAUCAUAUCUGCCUGUGAACUGUAUACGGUACAUCAUAAUGGCGUAAUGUCUCGAUUCUCAGUCUUCUGAAUACAGUGGAAAACACUUUUCAUCUAAAUCUUGGGAAUCGGUGGCUUCUAAGAACACCCCGUCUGCCACAUCAUGUCAGUCAAGUGUAUUUUUGUUUCCUUCAAAAUUUUGUCUUUUUUAACGUUUUUUAUAACUUCCUAUUGGUGUUAUCCCACGUGGCAGUCGUUUCCCUUAUUGCAAUGUAGUAUCUGAAAUUUAUUUAUUUAUGAUGGAAAAUAUAUUGUUUUUGUAAUUGCAUUUUUUAACCUUUUGUUCACUUUGACCCAUUGACGGCUGACCCAGUAAGACUUUUGACAUGCAGCCUGAAUCGGAGCAGAAUAUGACUGUGUUAUCAAUGUUAUUUUAACAAUAAAACACUCUACUAUUGCAGUGUGAAUAAUUUACGAAUCCUUUUAAUAUUAAAAACAUCUCAGGUACAAAUUUUAUCGUAUUCAGUCAAACAAUAACUGCAAAGACAGCAUCAAUAAUCACAGGCAGAAUAGGAAACUUUGAUAACAGCAUGUUGACGUGAUUUGGAUGGUAGAAAAUAUUAAGGCCACGUUUAAGUUAAGGAAAUUAGAAAAAUUGGCUCUGUGGAUGGCUAGCUAGCCAGCGAAAGCCUGAUGCCUUUGUCCAGAGCUGCUGUUGGCAUUUUUUUUUUUGUAGGACGGUAGGGGAAGGUCCUGCUCUCCUUCACCUCUGAUUGGCUAGAAGUGCUGGGCUCUGAUUGGUUAUUCCAAAUGGCUGUGAAAUGUCAUCGUCUGUCGGGUUAAGGUUAGGGCUAGGGUAAAGGUUAGGAAUAGGAUGAGGGUUAGGGUUAGGAGAUACAGAAGUGUGAUAAUGUUCUGUUCGAUGUACAGAGCCGACAGCCCAUGUUUGGCUUGAGUGUGUGAUGAUGUUUCCAGCUUUUCUAGCCAAUCAGAGGUGAAGGAGGCGGGACUUUCCCCUACCGUCCUACAAAAAAAUAUAUAUAUUGCGUCCAGAGCUGCUGUUGUUAGCUAGUUACAUGCUAGCUAACGUUCAGUCGUUGUUAGAUUUAUCUUGAAUUCUUCUUUCUUAUCAAGUAUGGAGGCCAGGUGCUGACACAUCCAAAGACAGUAUUCAAGUAAAGAAAAUACAAUGAAGCAAGUGCUUCAAAUCCCUGAAUUUCUCUGUAAUAUGAGUCGUGCUUAGUAAUGUUCCUUUCAAAGCGAAGGCUAGCAAUGCUAAAGUGGUUCACCAGCUAAUGCUUAUCAAUUGCCUCAAGCUUUGGGCAUGCAAACAUCUGCUUAUAAGUGCUUAGCACAAACAAAAGCUGAGGCUGAAUGGAAUUAAAGUUCAUUUAGCAAGUGCUGGAUCAUGAACUACAUGAGAAUUGCCAAAAACAACAGGAACCAAAAAGGACAGGCUCAAUGGAGUGAAUGUCAAAUGACUGACAGAAAGUCUUGACAUGUCCACAUUGACCUCAGUGGUAGUCACCAUAUAGUUUAAAAAAAAGACAGAAAAGUGUUUUAUUAUCAUAUAAAAUUAAGAGCCUAUGAAAUGUUAAGACUUUUAAAAUGGCUAACAGUUUCAGGAAUCUGUUUCUUUCCUUAAUGCCCAUCCAGCCUGUUUCAUGUGAGUAAAAAAUAUCUAUUUGGCAAUCUUACAUUUACUGCAUGCUUUGUUUGUACACUGUGGACACUGUGCCUUCUGUCAAGACUGUAGCCGUUUCUUCGCCAUGUAAGCACGAGUGACUUGGUUCAUCACAACAGAGGCAGUGAGUACAGGGCACAGUGCUGACAGGUACCAGGAGUAUCCCACCACAGAUCCAGUGAACCAGGCAGAGCAGAGACCCAGGAGCACGCUGGCGGUGCCAAGUAGGUAUGUGAUGAGUCCCGAUGCUGCAUGGUAGCGUUUGAGUUUGGCCAGGGACCAGCCUUUGGCCAGAGAGUGGUAGAUAAGAGGCGCAGCUGCCCCAGACUGAAGCACCACCACACACACUGUGGGCAGGCCCAGAAAACCGUGCCAUGAGGUGAAGUGGGGUUUACUGUUCAGAUGUUUGUUGUAAAAGAUGACUGCCAGACCCAGGACUGCACAAGAAACGCAGAGGCACUGCAGGAUCCAGUGUACACGGCCUUUGGUCUUGUGAGUCAGCUUUUUGAUGGGGGAGCCAUGAGGUGAGAAAAGGAGUAUGGCUUCUGUCAUGAGUAAGGAGAACUAGAAGAAAAGAGGAGAAAGUAAACUCUUGGUUUUUCUCAGUUCAUUAAUGAAGCAUCUUAUGCGUCAAGAAGCAUUACUUCACAUGGUUUUCAAAAGUCUCCCAAGACCAAGAUGACUUAUUUAAAGGGAUAUUUUGGCGUAAAAUUGAUUUAGGGUCAAACACACCGUAAUACCGAGUUAGACACCCCGUUGAGAGAUGAAUGUUGCCGACCGCUUGCUUCUCUAGUUAUACCAACUUUAGUAACGACCGCAUGAUAGCAAUACACAGCGGUCUGAGGAGCCAUAAACAAAUUUCAACCAAAACGGCACUCUAUAGCCACAAAUAAUGCUCAGAACAGCACCUAACUUCAUCAACAGUACAUAUAGGGUACCAGCCAAAGCCCUAGCCACCAAACAUCUUUUUACCUUCGCCUGAUUUCUUUAGCAAAGAGACUAAAUACAACUCACCUACUCUCUUCCAGCAGCC